ACUCAAGGCCUUCGAGGAGAGCGGCGCGUACAAGGCAGUCUGGGGCGGAGCCUCGGGUCAGGACGGCGUCGUGUCCAAUCAGCCGCCGUCGUCACGAGUGGUCGAUGAGAGGGAGAAAAUGAUCAUGAGCGGAGGAUUCAUAGGGAGGGUGACUGAUGACGCCCGUGAGGACGAGAUGGAGGAGAACCUGGCACAUGUCAGCAGCAUUGUGGGAAAUCUGAAGAGCAUGGCUCUGGACAUGGGCAGCGAGAUCAAACUGCAGAACGACCAGAUCGAUCGCAUUCAGGGAAAA